CCCGGUCCCGGUUAUCAUUUGUUUUUGUAAUUUUUCAAAAAAUUUUCGAUCAGAAUUAAAUUAAAACUUUUGAUUUUUAGAUCAAUUUGAUUAAUAAUACUGAAGCUGUGAAGCUUUCUACUCUGUCAUAAUAUCGCAUUCAAUACAUUCAAGCUUAUUUUACUCAUCAGCAGCAGUAUUGAUAAACUGACAUUUAUGCGGGUCCUCGUGAAAAAUAACCCAUGUUUAUGUGAAUGUUCGAAAAUUAAAUACUGGAUUCAAUCUUCCAAGUAUUUGUGUAUUCUUAGAUUGAUGAUAACGGUGCUCGUAUUUCAGUAGUUUCGUCAUUAAAGCACUACUUAUUUAAUCUAGAAGUCGUAGUUGUUCGUCGUGCCUCAAUUUUUUUGCCUCAGUAGUUACCCAAAAUCAGUAAAAUCGUGGUGAUUCAGGUUUUACUAUCGUACGAUAGAUCGUUGAAGUUAUCAUUAAAAACUGUACGUCGAGAAACCGAGAUAUUUAGUGUCUUAUUUGACUUUGAACCGAAGAUAAUUCUAAUUGGAAUCCUUCACGUUGGGUUAUUCAAGGUCGUCGAACGAACUAAUUUCUAGCAAAUAAUUCGAUGAUGUUAAAAACUGUACCUAAUGCAAAUUUGAAGUGAAACUUUCGACGCUUGGUUGAAUUUAUAGACAGUAUAGUUGAAUUCAAUGAUCAUACAUUUUACCCGACGAGACGAAGGAAUAUAGGAAAUUAUCGACGUUUUUUUCCUCCAAACAAGUGAAACUGCUUAGUAACUGAAUGGAAUACUAUUCGAAAUAACGUUUUGGAAAAAGCAGAAUUUGAAAUUCUAUGUGAUUCUCGAAUUGUAAUUUCUUUCGUUGGAUUCCGUUACGAUUUCGUAUUUCAUGUUUUCAAGAAUGGCUUUAAACAGUUCGAUGAAGAUGCUAUGUCGGAUGUAAAUGACUCAUUAAAGAAUAAUUUCACGCAGCGUUUCUCAAAGUUCUAAUCUUCAAGCAGUAUUUCGUCGAAUUUUUUUUGCUGAAAUCAUUCGAGUUUCAAGAUGUUUUCCAUCUUUCGAGGUCACACUCAUCUCUCGAAAAAAUUAUAUUCAAUCUAUGGCGGUAGAGUGACGAUAACCCUGCCCAAUUUACAAAGUUACGUUGAUUUUUCAACAAACACUUCUCACGCACAAAAAGGUGGCAGCUCGCGAGAUUAUUGUGAUUUUUCAAAGCAGAUGCUUCAUACUCAUAGUCAUAAUGAUAUUUUAAAACCAGUAUCUUUCAGUUUUCCAACCCACCCCGAUUUUUCUCAAAAAUCGCGUCACAAUCACGCAAAUAUUGAAACGAAAUUAUUUUCUACUUAUCAAAAACACAGCGAUUUUUCUAAAAAGUUGUCUUCCACGAGCACAGAUGAGAUGGAUCUGAUAAGCACUCUGGUUGAAGAAUGGACGAAGCGUUACGAUUCUUUGGGCGAACCCAAUGCCCAUACUGUCUGCAGUAUUUUGAGUGCUCUAUCAAGAUUUCAUGUUUUUGAUAAGAAAUGGAAUAAAAGAGAUGAGGAAAACUUUAAACUACUAAUUGUUAGAACAGUAGUAAAAGCAAAUCAAUUAUUUGACACGAAUCGUCAAUCCGUUUAUACAUUAAAACCGUGGCAAAUUGCCAAUACCUUGAACGCGCUGUCUGGAUGGAAUGUAUUUAGAAAAGAUAUCUGGAACGUUACCGUUCAAGUGCACGGUAAAGAAGUAACCGCAGUCCAGGUGUUCGAAUCUGUCAUCGUUAAACUAAUCCAUCAAGGAAACCGUUUACUAGAUCCUAGAAACAAAACAGUCGGUCAGUUCGAUUUUAAUGCUGUAGCCAACAGCUUGAAUGCUCUGUACAAAUGGCACAAGAACGAGUUGGAAGGCUCCAGAGAGUUCAUUGUUCAAUUAAUGAAACAAGGUCGUACGGCGUCUGGUGGAUUCGCUUCUACGCAGCGUAAUAUGGAAGAUGAAAAAUACAUUUGUAUGGGAGUCGCGAAAACCUUGAAAGCUAUGUCUAACUGGCACAACGAGGAAUUACAAGGAUCUAGAGAGUUUGUUACUCAAGUACUUGCGAAAGGAACUUCACUCGCUAAUAAAUGCAAUGCUGUGGAAAUCGCCCUCAGUCUGAACGCAUUAUCUAAAUGGAACAUUAAUGAUUUUCAAGAAGCCAGAAGAUUCAUUGUUCUGCUGAUCAAACGAGGAAACGCGAUUAUCGAUCAAUUCAACUGCCAAGGCAUUUCCAAUUGUUUGAACGCUUUGUGUAAAUGGAAUAUCAACGAAUUACAAGGCUCCAAAGAGUUCAUAUCUCAGUUAGUGAAACGCGGAAGUGCUACAGCCAAAGGAUUCAAUGCUCAAAACAUUUCCAAUAGUUUGAACGCGGUGUGUAAAUGGAACAUGGAUGAAAUACAAGGAAUUCGGAAAUUUAUCGUCGAGUUGGUAGAAUGCGGAAAUGUAUCAGUCAAUAUGUUUAAUUCGCAAGAAGUUUCCAAUGCUUUAAACGCGUUUUCUAAGUGGAACAUCGAUGACUUGGAAGGUGCUAAAAAAUUCAUCAAUCAGCUAAUUGAACGAGGACAUUCUACGAUCGACGGAUUCGAUUCUCAAGAAAUUGCCAACAGCUUGAAUGCUCUUUCGAAGUGGAGUAUCGAAGAGUUUCAAGGAUCCAAAGAGUUUAUCACCAGUUUAGUUCAACGAGGCAGCGCAACAAUAGGUGGGUUUCAUUCUCAAGAGAUAGCUAGCAGCUUGAACGCACUAUCCAAGUGGACAAUAGACGAGUUGCCUGGAACUACAGAAUUCAUCGUUCAGUUAUUAAAACAAGGCAGCUGUAUGGCUUUUGAAUUCAACUCUCGAGGAAUCUCAAAUUGUUUGAACGCGUUCUCCAAGUGGAAUAUCGACGAGUAUCCCGGAUCUAAAGAUUUCAUCAUUCAGUUACUCAAAAGAGGUAUUACAACGAGCGAUGAAUCUACACCUCUACAUAUAGCUAUCAGUUUGAAUGCUCUAUCUAAAUGGGAAAUUAACGAAUUACCCGGAGCUAGGAAAUUCAUAGUCGAGUUGAUACAACGAGGAAGCUCGACAGUGGGUAGAUUCGAUUCUCAGAACAUCGCCAACAGUUUGAAUGCGUUGUCCAAAUGGAAUGUAGACGAAUUCGAAGGAAGCAAGGAGUUCAUUAUGCAGCUCGUGAAACGUGGAAAUUCAAUAAUCGAUUCGUUCGAUUCUCAAGCAACCGGGAAUUGUUUAAACGCUCUUUCAAAAUGGAAUACCAACGAUUUUGAAGGAUGUGAAGAAUUCAUAGUGAAGUUGAUUGAACGUGGAAGUUUUAUAAUUGGUGGAUUUGAUCAUCAAGCCGUUGCUGCUAGUUUAAACGCAUUAUCCAAGUUGAAAGUCGAUACGUUGAAAGGAGCUAGACAGUUUGUCGAUCUAUUAGGUGAACGAGGUUGUUCAACAGUUGACCAAUUCCAGCCUCAAGAAAUCGCCAACAGUCUGAAUGCCUUGUCGAAGUGCAAUAUUAAUGAAUUCCAAGCAACUAGCGAAUUUAUUUUUCGAUUAAUAAAGCGAGGGCAUUCAACAGUCGAUAACUUCGAUUCUCAAAACAUCGCUAAUAGUCUAAAUGCACUGUCUAAAUGGCAUAUCGAUGAAUUCAAAGGAUCGAAAAAGUUCAUCGUGGAGCUAAUAAGAUGCGGAAAUUUACUCGUAAACGAAUUCACUCCUGUGCAAAUUGCAGUCACUCUGAAUGCUUUGUCGAAAUGGAACAUCGUCGGCGAUUUCUUCGAAACUAGAGAAUUCAUUGAUCUAUUAAGCGAACGAGGUUGUUCAACAGUUGACAAAUUUCAACCUCUAGAAAUCGCCAACAGCCUGAAUGCCUUGUCGAAGUGUGAUAUUAAUGAACUUCGACGAACUGGCGAAUUUAUUGUUCGAUUAAUAAAGCGAGGACAUUCGACAGUCGACAAGUUCAAUUCUAUAGACAUCACUAAUAGUUUGAAUGCGCUAUCAAAAUGGAACAUCGACGAAUUCGAAGGAUCAACAGAGUUCAUUGUGGAGCUGAUAAGAUGUGGAAAUUUACUCGUCGACGAAUUCGAUCCUCUACAAAUCUCAAUCAAUCUGAUUAGUCUAUCGAAAUGGAACAUCGACGAUUUUCAAGGAGCACCACAGUUCAUGGGUCGAUUAGUUAAACGAGAACUAGGUUGUAAACAGUUGACGAAUUCCAACCUCAAGAAAUCGACAACAGUCUGAAUGUCUUGUCUGUUUUAUUUUUAUACCUAGUGUACUUCACGUCUUGUAAGUAUGUGAAUUUCAGAACUUCGUAUCUUGUUAUUUUUUUCAAAUGUUUGUUUCGUUGUUUUUUUUUCUUCGUUGUUUAUUUUAUUGAAACCAUUCGUUUCGUUUCAAGUGGAAGAAAUUUUUUACUGUUGAAAAUUGUACGGUACCUAAUUUAUUACUAAGGAGAAUCAACCUCUGUCUUUGAGAAUAAAUUUUUUGUCUUAUAAAACUGG